CGAAGAAAAGUUUUAAUUUCUCGCGAACGUUCCACUGGGCACUUAUUUCUCUUUUUUUGAGAAGAAUUCUGUUAAGGUAUCAUGAUAUAUACAGUCAGCGAAACUUUCCAAUGCCUUGAAUUCGAACUUGAUUGCUGUGAAAAUAUCUACUUGAGUAACCCAUAUGUGCUGAGUGUGGAAUCGGUUUCCUUGUUUGACUGCUAUGUGAAGGAAAAUGUUUGGGGCUUCACUAUUAUAUUUUUCGACAGAAAUCGUUCUCACAUUAACUAUACUGAUAUUAAGCGUUGUUGUGGAGGUCCUGUAAACUUGGAGUUAGUGGUCUCUGAGCUCUUUGCCAAUGAUGUUACUGAUACAGUGAACACACAAGGAGGUUCAGGUAACACUGAAAACGCCUCCGUUGUCAGCGUGGUCUUCGCUGUUCUUUUUGCUGUCGUGUUGAUCAUUGUUGCUGGUCUUUUUCUUCGAAGUAGAUUGAGAAGACGAAGAAUUACAGGACAAGAUUCUCGGUAUGUGACUACAGCAAACAGAAAUUCACACGUGUAUGCUGUGCCAACGGUUAGUACAGGAUACUUGUAUCCGGAAACUUCAGCUCCUAUCAUCAAAACACCACCAGAGAAAACUCUAUCAAAUCAAAAUUAUGAACACGACUAUAUGGAAAUCGUAGAAUAGCUCAGAUUUAUCAGCAUAUUCUGAAUUUAAAUUUUUUGUGAUAUAUACUCAUAUAUUGGAUUUUGAUCGAUAUAAACGAAAUCUUAGCACCUGGACCUACUGAUACUCCAAGAUAUAUUAUCCAUCGAAAAUCGAUCAUGCUAUUAUACUGCGUACAUGGUUAUUUUAGCCCCGUGUUAUUUUCGAUUUUCACACUUGCAAAUAAUUUUCCCCCGUUUUAAAUUCACCCAAUCACAGUUCUGUUUACGAAUUUGAAUUCUCCCCAUUUAAAAUUCUCCAACCUGUGAGUAGGGCAAAAGGGGCGAAAAUAUUUCCCUGUAUACAGUGUACAUUUGAUGUUUUAUAAGCUUGUUACCGUUUCAUGUACUUAUUGGCGAUGACAAUAAGGAAUGAAAGUUUUUCAAGAAUAAAUAUCUGACAUUCUAAA